AUGGGUAAAUUAACAACUUUCUUUUUCUUUUUUUUUGUGUUUUUUUAUUUAUAUCAAUGCUUAAAACUAAAAGAUAUUAAAAAAAGAGGUAUUAUCUCACUCCUUGAAAAAGACGAAAAAAAAAGAGUAGCUUUUAUCCAUAAAUAUUUUUUACCCAACAUCAAUAUAAAAAGAAAUGCAAAUAAACAUUUUUAUAAAAGUAAGAAAGAAAAGGAAAUACUUGAAUCAGGUUAUUUAUACCCAUUUGAUCAUUUAGAAAAAAAAAAAAAAAAAUUUCCACCUGACCCUUAUGUUCCAAACAAUGAUGAAAAUGAAGAAAAUGAGGAAAAUAUUUUUGGACUUAAUGAAAAUGAAAACGAAUUAUUAGAUUAUGAUAAUGAUGAUGAAGAUGCUAAAAAAAAUUUUGGAAAAACAACUUUCAAUUAUCCUCAUUAUAGAACACAUAUAAAAGAAAGAACUGAAGAAUAUAGUGAUCAAAAUUGUGCCGAAAUGAAUAAAGAUGUAGAUGAGCAUAGUUGCCAAAAUGGUACCGAAAUAAAUAUUGCUGACCAAAUCACAAACGCAAUUAUAGAAAAUGAAGAGAUGACAAAAACAAAUGAAAUAGAAAAAGAAAUUAUAAAUGUCUAUAUUUAUUCAUCUGAAAUAAAUAAAGAAAAAAAUGAAAUAAUAAAAGAUAAAUUAUAUUAUCUUAUGCAUACUAGCAUGGAUAGUAUUUUUAUUAAAUAUUUCGAACUAAAUAUUCAAUCACAAAUAGAUAAUAAGGAAAAAAAAGUUAGUGUCUCAUAUGAAAUCAAAAAUAAUACCUUUAAAAAAAAUAUACAUACUCUUACAGAAUUAAUUGAAUUUUCCCAUAAGUUGAAAAAAAUAAUAAAUGAUAAAGUUGAGACAUUAUUUAAAGAGCAAGAGAAUGAAGAAGAAACAAACAUAAAUGAAUAUGAACAAGAUAAAAAUGAGAAAUAUUUAAAAAAUAUAGUUAAAAAAGAAUUAGAAGAAUAUAAAAAAGAAAGAAAUAUUUCAAAUAUAUCAAAAAGAAAUUUACAAGUUAGUAUAGAAUCAUCUCUUAAACUUAUAGAAAAAUGUACAGAAAAAAUGUAUACACAAAAUUAUGAAAUAACAUUACGUGAUUUAAAAUUAGCUUAUAAUAUGUUACCUUGUAAAUAUUAUGGAUAUUUUUUGUCAGAUAUUUGUGCAAAUAUUUCGAUGUUGUCUUACUAUACAAAUGAUUUACAAGGUGCUUUUAAUUUUGCUCUAAAAUCAAUUAAAUAUGAACCGAAAUAUAAAUUAUCUUGGAAAUGCCUAGGGGAUGCAUAUAGAAGUUUUCGAAAAUUUUGGCAAGCUAAAAAUUUUUAUGAUAUAGCUAUAUAUUUAGGUUAUAAAGAUGAAAAGGGAGAAAAUUUUGAAAAAAUUACUCAAGAAUUAACCAAUUUAACUCAAUCAGCUUUAAAAAAUGUAGAUUUAUUAAAAACAAAUAUGAACAAUUAUACUAAUAUAAUAAUUAAAAAAAAUAUAGGAAUUGUAUUAAAUAAAAAUCCAGACGAAAUCGGAGGUUGUUAUGUGUCUUAUAUAAUUGAAGGAAGCAAAGCUAGUAAAAAAAAUUUUAACCAUGGAGAUCAAAUUGUUGCAUUAAAUAAUAUUGUAACUUAUGGAAAACCAAUUGAUGAUUGUUUAAAGGCAUUUCAAAAAAAUGAUGGAUCUUAUGAUAUAAUAUUUUUUAAAGGAAAUAUAAUUGAAUUAUAUGGUUUACAAGCUUACAAAUAUUUAAUUGAGAAUAAUUUAUUUUACACACUUUUUGAAAAUGAAAAAAUCUCAUCUUUUAAAAGAAAUGAGACUAUAUUGUUUGACAUGAAAGGAUUUGGAACAUUUUCUGAAUAUGGAAUGUCCAAAGGAGAGAAUAUGUAA